UACCCAGCGCUUGCUGUUCACGGACAACCAAACCCUGACACAAAGACCGGAAAGAUGGCUCAGAGGGUGAAGUGCCCACUGUGUAUGAGGACCUGAGUUCAGAUCUCCAGCACCCAUGUUAAAAAGUCAGGGACCAGUGUUGUUCGAAGAUGUGUUUGUGGCCUUCACUCAGAAGGAGUGGCAGUUGCUGGAUGCUGCCCAGAGGCACCUGUACAGGGAGGUGAUGCUGGAGACCUACAGGCACCUACAAGCAGUGGGGCACAGUAUAACCAAACCUGAGCUGAUAUGCAAGUUGGAGCACGGAGAAGGUCCUUGGGACCCACCAGGCCAUGGCCUCUCAGAAGCCCAGAGGGUCGAUACCAUGACAACAAAUGGAGAAAACGGAGGCAGAUCUUUGAGUCGAGUGUUUGUCAGCAGUGAAACACUGACUAAGAGAAGAAGCAAGGCUCUAAGAGAAAUAGUUCAUCUGGCCACAAGCUCAGAGGCCUCGAGAGAAAUACAUCAGAAGUGUCACUCGAUGGACGAAAACUUGGAAAAUAUCACAGGGUUAGCUACUGGUAACAGAAACUCCUCUCAGGACAGCAAAUACAUGCAAGCCACUGCCCACAAGAUAAGGUUCCAGUCUUUUCUAAGAACCCUGAGGGAAAGGAAGGCUCAAGAGGCCAGCAAACAUGGAAAACCGUCAUGUGUGAGGUCAAACCAUGAACAUCCAGGAACUCAUGUAAGGGAGAAACUCUGUGAGUGUGAUAUCCUUGUGAACCCCUUUAAUGAGAAACCGGAUCUUAGCAGAGGUCAGAGAAGGCGGCCAGGAGGAGAGCGUGGUGAACAUAGUGUCAGUGAGAACACUGUAAGAAGCUCACCUCACCUCCAAAACGAGAAGCUUCACGUGAGAGAGAUCUGUGGCCAUGGGAACUGUGGGGAAACCCUUCGUGGGAAGCCGUGCCUUACUCAGAACCAGAGAACUUGCACAGCAGAAAAACCCAGGUGUGCAGACAACCGAAGACGUCGGUCUGAGACGUGUGCAGCCUUAAAGACGUCGAGUCUGAGCCUACAUCAGAGAAGCAGCACAAGAGAGAAAAACCCCAAAGGGGUUGAGUGCGAGGAGUCAUCGGGCCUCUCUCUCAAGGAAUCAAGCACUCAACAUGGGAGAUGGUCCUUGGAGGAAAAACCAGAGUGUGAGGGAAAUGAGAAGCUGGACCAUAAUAAAAAUCAGAGCAUUUGGAAAGAACAGAAAGCCCGGGAGUGCAGCAAGUGUGAGGAAAGUUGCUCUAGGACCGCAGGCCCUCCUCAGCACCAGAGCUCAAACCCGGGGAGGAAACCCUACGCAUGCAAUGAAUGUGACCGGUCCUUCCUGGUGAAGUCGAACCUCACGGAGCACCAGAGAACUCACACAGGAGAGAAACCCUACGAAUGUAAAGAAUGUGGAAAGUCAUUUUGCCAAAAGUACGCCCUCACGGUCCACCAGAGAACUCACACGGGAGAGAAACCAUAUAAAUGCAGUGAAUGUGGGAAAACCUUCUGUGUGAAAUCCAACCUUACCCAGCACCAAAGGACUCACACGGGAGAGAAGCCGUACAAAUGCAGCGCGUGCUGGAGAUCGUUCUGUGUCAAGUCCAACCUCGUCGUGCACCAGAGAACUCACACAGGAGAGAAACCCUACGAAUGUCUCGAGUGCGGGAAGACCUUCUAUGAGAAGUCCGCCCUCACAAAACACCAGCGGAUUCACACGGGGGAAAAACCUUACGAAUGCGAAGAAUGCAAAAAGAGUUUCAGCCAGAGGUCGGCCCUUACCAAGCAUCAAAGGAAAACACACAGGAAGAAGACACCCACCAGUAGCCUUCAUGGGCAGAAAUCCGAAUCAACCAGAGAAGCUCACUGAGCAGCGACAAAAUGCGAGAGCAAGAUGCUACCAUGGAAACAC